GUGACGACUAUUUCGGUCGAGACUGUGCACGUCGUUGUUCGGACACAAAUCGUGACAAGAAGGACGCGACGUGCAGAGGAAUACUGAUGUGCCUACCGGACCCUUACGGCUGCUCCUGUGGGACAGGAUUCUAUGGCCCCUUCUGCAACCAGACAUGUCCGCCGCAUCAAUACGGAGCCGACUGCAAGCAGCGGCGCAUAUGCUUCUGCGAAACGAAGGAGUACUGUGACAGUCUACACAGGCCAAUGUCUGCAGGACCGUGGCCGGUGUCGCCCGGGCUGGAAAAAUUCGCCUUUUUGCGACCAAAGCUAUCCUCUUCUGACUGAUGGACCUGCUGUAGGCGUUGUAACGGACAAAGAAGCAACAGUGAAGUUUAGUGCUUGGCGCCACGGCGUAGAUGCGGGUGAGGGCAAACCUCUGGAGUAUUGGGUUCGGUAUAAGGCCGAAAACGAAACUUGGAGCACCAAGACCAUCAAGGCGGUGGGCACACAGAAGACGUACGCCACAGUGGUGAAAGGACUCCGCAGUGGCACCUACUAUGAUCUCCAUGUCUUGGUCAUUGAUCAAGACAAAAAUUUCAGGGAAUACGGCGCAAAUGUCACCCGAUUCCGAACCGCUUGUGGAAAACCCAAGCUACCUCCCCAGAACGUGGACAUAAACAACCGCAGCACAAGUGUCAUCAUCGUCAGAUGGACGAACCCUAGUAAGGAGAGCUGGCAGUGUUGGAGCGUGAAUGCAGUACUAGAAGUGAACGGCACAGCGGUGGAAUUCAACCUGACCGAGUCCAGUACGACACCCGGGAACGUGUACAGUAUUCCCGUGACUCCGUACACUGCUGUGGCAAUCCGACUGCGCCUAAGAACCCCUGACAACAGAAACAGUUCGUGGACCAAGACGUGGAGAGUGACCUCAGCUGAGGACGCUCCCAGCAUGGUUGCGUACGUAAAGCUCCUUCGAAGUGGUUCUCGCUACGUGGAGUUUUCCUGGGGCUCGCCGCAAGCGACAAACGGCGUCAUCCGAAAUUACCGCGUCGUGUACACGCCGCUGGCUCUGCGCCUACAGCACUGCCAGCAGCUCACUCACCGAGAUACGGAGGUGUUGGUACCACCGUCACACCACAGCGUGAACCUGACUGGACUGCGUCCGUACACCAAGUACCAAUUCUCCGUGUCUGCCCUCACCGUAAAGUAUGGACCGGAAAUGAAUGCCACGUUCGACACGGAAGAAGCGAUUCCUGAGGGAGCUCCAACUCAGGUGCAACACACGAGGUUUACAAGGAACACCGACAUCCUGACGUGGGGCGAGGUGCCCUGUGAACUACGCCACGGGCCCAUCGUUUCCUACUACAUUGAAAUGGACAGCGUUGAUCCCUGGGAGACUGAACUGCGAAGCAGGACGGUUAAUCGGCCAUCGAUCAGUUUCCAGGACCUGGUGUCUUACACUCGCUACAGAGUGAAGGUGUUCGCCGAAAAUCAUGCGGGUAGAUCGCCCAUGUCCGCGUUCCUAAACUUCACAACGCCAUCCGCUCCUCCACUAGCUCCCGAAAGGCUGGAGUACGACCAGCUAUCUCAAGACAGCGUAUCACUCAUGUGGAAAGCUCCUUAUCCCCCUGCCGGUGUUUUAGAGCACUACCAGCUCAAAUACUGGAACGUAAAGAACCGACACGAUAUUACCGAGAUGGUCAUAGCCCACACGCAGUGUUCUGCGAGAAAUCGGGAACCGCGACCUUGUUUCACCGUCCAGGAGCUGGAGCCGAACGUGGUGUACCACUUCUCGGUACGCGCCAAGAAUAUUGGUACGGGAUAUUCACCAUACUCUGAAGAACUGGAAGUGGAGACAAGAGAAAUGGCGCCAGAGGCUCCGGCGAGCAUUCGGUCGUCGGAACAGACUGAGGACAGUCUCAAGAUCCAAUGGGAUCCACCUGUCCGCAAGAACGGUGUCCUGACAGGCUACAAGUUGAACUCAUCUCUUUCGCACACAUUCAAUGCAAUGCUGGCCAAAUCAUGGUUCCCCAAGUCGGUCAUGCUAAAUAGCUCUGACUCACCCGAGUUUUACCUACGAGGUCUGUUUCCGGGGUCUACAUACCUAGUCUGCGUACAGGCUAAAACCAGUGCUGGAUUCGGAAAUGCCAUUUGUGACAACUUCAGCACAAAAGCUUCGACUCCUGAAGUUCAGGUUGAGCCCAGGGUAGGUGCAAUUGUCAAUAACACAGUUAGCAUCGUGCUCUACCCGGUGGACUUCAUGAAGGGACCCAUCACGGGCUACUACCUAGUCGUACUUCGAGAAGGCGAAGCCAUUCCUCGCCCAGUGAAACUAGUCAACUACAGCACCGCACAAGACAUGCGCCUUGGCUAUUACGUUGCCGCCCAUCUGACACCCGACCAAUUGGAAGAAGCGGUGGACUUCAUUGUCGGUGGCGGCAGCGUCAUCGGUGGCUUUGAAAAUCCACCGCUCACUGAUGCUACGCCGUAUCGCUUUGGUCUGCUUGCCGAGAGCAACUUUUCUGGGGAAGUACUAUACGGGUACAGCCUUACAGCUCCAGUCAUUGUCAAUGGUGGUAGCAGUGCAGCUGGUGUUGGCGUCGUCAUCGGAGCCAUCCUUGUGCUCCUUAUCCUCAUAAUUGCCGCAAUCGCAUUGACGUUCUACUAUGUUCGGAAGCGACAGGCUCUUGCUUACCGGUCUAAGAGCCCCACUAAGCGCAGCAUCAAAGAGCGUCUCUCAAGGCUUUCCAAGUUGGAUGAGAACAGCAUGUCGGAGUCGCGCAUGACGCUCAACAUGGAAAGCAGCGAUUCGGUCAACAUGACAGUCGUGGCGAACGGCGGGCUUCCGUCGAAGCCAGUGCCUGUGAAGCGACUCCAGGAGCACGUCAUUCAAGGUCAAGGAAAUGGCGUGCUCAAAGAAGAGUACAUGACCACGCCGAAGGGACAACUUCAUCCAUGGGAUAUUGCGAAGAAGGCUGAAAACAAAACCAAGAAUCGCUACGGGAAUAUUCUCCCGUAUGACCACUCGAGAGUGAAACUGGCCCCAUUGCCAGACUUUGAUGAUACGGAUUAUAUCAAUGCAAGUUAUGUACCGGGCUACAGGUGCCCGCGCAAAUAUAUUGCGACACAAGGUCCGAAGCAGACAACCCUCACAGAUUUCUGGAGGAUGGUCUGGCAAGAAGGCUGUUGCAAAGUGAUAAUGCUCACCAACUUAAAAGAGCAAGAAAAGACUAAGUGCGAACAGUACUGGCCAGAGACUUCACAGAAGUACGGCAAAUUCGUGGUGACCUUGAUGAAGACAGACACUCAGGUCGACUUUGUAGUCCGCGAAUUUGAAAUCUCACUCGAAAACAAGCCCCGGACUGUGGUCCAAUUUCACUUCACCACGUGGCCAGAUCAUGGCGUACCUCUCUAUCCGGACGCCCUGUUGCCGUUUCUCAGGCGUAUAUGGGAUUUCCAGCCACACGACGACCAUCCAAUCAUUGUUCAUUGCAGCGGUGGUAUCGGCCGCACGGGAACGCUCAUCUUGGUAGACAGCAUGCUGUCGCAAGCAGAAGCAGAAGGUGAAGUCAAUCUGGUGGCACACCUGCACGCGAUGCGCCAGGGCAGGAUCAACCUUGUCGAAUCCCUGGAGCAAUACAUUUUCGCCUAUAUGGCUCUGGUGGAGAUACUGUGCUCGAAAAAUCACAAGCUCUCCGUGAAGGAGUUCGUGCCAUUGUAUCAGAAACUGAAGGCUAAGAGCACAGCAACGGGAAAGAGUGCCAUUGACCUUGAGUACGAGGAACUAACCCGCAUAUGCCCUCUUCCGGCCCCGGAGGAGUACAAAAGUGCCCGGAACGGAAAAAAUGCUGCCAAAAAUCGGUCGUCUAAGCUUUUGGCAUGUGACAGCAGGAGGCCAUUCUUGAGUGUCACAGCUGACGGAUCAAAGACAGACUACAUCAACGCAGUCUACGUGGAUGGUUUCAAGAGGCGAAAAGCUUACCUUGUGACACAACUGCCUUUGCCAGAGACAAUCGAUGACUUCUGGGAAAUGCUGGCGGGCAGUGGCUCUGUAACACUGGUCACGCUCGGCCCUCUCCAAGAUGAGACGACACCCCAGUUCUGGCCAAGUCUGAAGACGACAGUUAAGUACGGAAAAGCUGUGGUGGAGCAGACAGAUAUUCAGGAUUUCCGAGGUCUUCUGGUUCGGACAUUCAAGGUCAUCCAUGGUUCGCGACCAGCGCGCAUCGUGAAGCAGUUCCACUCACAGUCAUGGAACAGGACCAGCACAGUGCCAAGCUCUUGUGAUGUGGUCCUGGAGAUACUGCAACAUGUCGACCGGUGGCAGAUGCAAGCCGAAGGAAGAACAGUCGUCGUGCAGUGCCUGGACGGUUGCCAGGAAAGCGGCCUGUACUGCGUGUCGGCAGCGAUAUGCGAUCAGCUGAAGCUGGAACAGGAACUCGACGUGUUCCGAUCCGUGCGCAACGUGCGAAGUAGCCGUCCUGAAUUCAUCGUCGACUCGGAGCAAUACGCCUUUUGCUACGACUUGGCCCUCAGCUUCUUGGAUACGUUCGACACCUACUCCAACUUUCAGUGAACUCACGCUGUAUAUCUUAUUUAUGGAGGCCACUUUCUACUGACAGCAAAAGAUUCAACAGAAUGAAAAAAAAACAGCAGUUUUGAAGUAAAAUGGCGUAAUUUUUACUCCGA